CAGAGAUUGGGGCGGCUGUGAAGAGGAGAGCUGGGGAAAGAGAGCGAGGCCCAGGGCCAGCGGGAAGCGAGGAGGAAAGUCCUGUGAGCUGCCUGGAUGGACAAAGUGCCCUAAUGAGUAGAGGUCGCCUAUUAUUAGGCUUGUGGAUUUGUGGUUCCCCACUCGAUCCCACCUCCACUAUUUCUUGAAGCCUCACAUGCAGAAUUGAAUUGGAACAGGAAAGAAACCCUUGAAGACUCAUUCAGUGCUCACCCAGUAUUUAAAGUUCCCUGAUACUUGAGUCUGGGGUCAGUAUCCCUUAUAUUUCAUGGCAGGAGGGGUGGGUAAAUUUAGGAAUAGUGAAGACAACAACAAAUUAAUCAAGAGCUUUCCUCAUAUCUCAGAACCUGUCCUCAGUAAGAAUGUCAGAUAAGGUUGACUGGUUACAAAGCCAAAAUGGAGUAUGCAAAGUUGAUGUCUAUUCACCUGGAGACAGCCAACCCCAGGACUGGAAAAUGUCGGAUGAAUCCUUGUCUAUUUUUAAGGAAGCUUCAACUGAUCCUAUCAGAGUGCUCAGCUGGCUCCGCAGAGACCUGGAAAAAAGUACAGCAGGGUUUCAAAAUGUUAGAUUCAAGCCUGGAGAAUCCUCAUUUAAUGGGGAAAUGAGCAACUUAGGAGAUCCCCGCAAGGGUUUCUCUGUGGACUAUUAUAAUUCCACCACCAAGGGCAGUCCAGGAAGAUUGCAUUUUGAGAUGAGUCACAGAGAGAACCCUGUCCAGGGUCCCAGUGUCCAACUUGGUAAUGGAAGUUCAGUAGAUGAAGUUUCCUUCUAUGCUAACCGCCUCACAAAUCUAGUCAUAGCCAUGGCCCGCAAGGAAAUCAAUGAGAGGAUAGAUGGCUCUGAAAACAGAUGUAUCCAUCAGUCAUUGUACAUGGGAGAUGAACCCACACCCAACAAAAGCCUGAGUAAGGUGGCAUCAGAGCUGGUGAAUGAGACUGUCUCUGCAUGUUCCAAGAAUACUACCUCAGAUAAGGCUCCAGGCUCUGGUGACAGAGCCUCAGGAUUUUUACAAAGUCCUCCAAAUUUGAAAUAUAAGACCACUCUGAAGAUCAAGGAGAGCACCAAGGAAAGCAAGGGUCCAGAUGACAAGCCUCCUUCUAAGAAGUCUUUCUUCUAUAAGGAGGUGUUUGAAUCUCGUAAUGCAGGUGAUGCCAAAGAGGGUGGAAGGUCCUUACCUGGGGAGAGAAAGAUGUUCAGAGGGCAGGAAAAGCCUGAUGACUUUACAGCUUCUGUUAGUCAAGGGAUCAUGACCUAUGCUAACAGUGUGGUAUCUGAUAUGAUGGUUUCCAUCAUGAAGACACUGAGGAUCCAAGUGAAGGACACAACAAUUGCCACCAUUCUGCUAAAGAAGGUACUGCUGAAGCAUGCAAAAGAAGUUGUCUCAGAUCUCAUUGACUCCUUCAUGAAGAACCUCCACAACGUCACAGGGACCCUCAUGACUGAUUCAGACUUUGUCUCAGCUGUAAAAAGAAGUCUGUUCUCUCAUGGAAGCCAGAAGGCUACAGAUAUCAUGGAUGCCAUGCUGGGUAAGCUAUACACUGUAAUGUUUGCAAAGAAACCUCCUGAAAAUCUGAGGAAAACCAAGGACAAGUCUGAGAGUUACUCCCUUGUCUCCAUGAAAGGGAUGUGUGACCCUAAAAACCAAAAUACAAACUUUGCAAGCAUGAAAUCUGAAGGUAAAUUGAGGGAAAAAAUGUACUCUCCUGCAUCCAAACCAGAGAAAGAGAAGACUUGUGCUGAAACUCUGGGUGAACACAUUAUCAAGGAGGGAUUGACCUUUUGGCAUAAAAAUCAACAAAAAGAAGGAAAAUCUCCAGGUUUCCAAAGGGCAACAUUUGCAGCUCCCAACAAACAGUACAAGCCUGUACCAGACAUCCCUCUGGGAUAUCCUCUGGAUACUUGCAACCUCAGUCCCCCUAUGCAUCACCGAGAGAAACCUGAGAAUUUUAUAUGUGAUUCAGACUCCUGGGCCAAGGAUCUGAUCGUAUCUGCCUUACUUCUGAUUCAAUACCACCUGGCCCAGGGAGGAAGCAUGGAUGCACAGAGUUUCCUUGAAGCUGCUGGCAGCACCAACUUGCCUGCCAACAAGUCCCCUGUAGUUUCUGAUGAGUCCAGCCUUAAAUCUCCUCAAAUGGGAGGUGACCAAGAAGAAGCAGAAAAGAAGGAUCUAAUGAGUGUUUUCUUUAAUUUUAUCCGGAAUUUACUUGGUGAGACCAUUUUCAAGAGUGACUGUAGCUCUGAACCCAAGGUACCAGAACAGCCAAUUAAGGAAGAAUAUAGCCACCAGUGUGAAAGACCUAUAACCCCUUCUCCCAUCAAAGUAAGUGAAGGCGAUGAGACUGGUGGUACCUUUGCUGGGCUGACCAAGAUGGUUGCUAACCAGCUAGAUGGCCACAUGAAUGGGCAAAUGGUAGAACAUCUAAUGGACUCAGUGAUGAAGUUAUGUCUUAUUAUUGCCAAGUCCUGUGACUCUCCCUUGGCAGAGCUAGGAGAUGAUAAGUCUGGAGAUGCGAGCAGGCCAACUUCAGCCUUCCCAGAUAGUUUAUAUGAGUGUUUACCAGUCAAGGGCACAGGGACAGCAGAAACGCUCCUGCAGAAUGCCUAUCAAUCUAUCCAUAAUGAACUGAGAGGUAUAUCAGGACAGCCCCCUGAAGGAUGUACAGCACCCAAAGUGAUCGUCAGCAAUCAUAGCCUAAGUGAUACAGUUCAGAACAAGCAACUGCAAGCGGUACUUCAGUGGGUAGCUGCAUCUGAACUAAAUGUCCCUAUUUUGUACUUUGCUGGUGACGACGAAGGAAUCCAGGAGAAGCUACUUCAGCUCUCAGCUGCUGCUGUGGACAAAGGACGCAGUGUAGGUGAGGUCCUGCAGUCAGUGCUGCGCUAUGAGAAGGAGCGACAGCUGGAUGAGGCGGUGGGAAAUGUUACACGGCUGCAGCUGCUGGACUGGCUGAUGGUGAACCUGUGAUUGGCGCCCACCCAAUGAUUUCCCCUCUUCCCCUCCCUUCUGACUUCCACAGCUCCCCUCUCCAUAUCCUUACAGAGCCCUAACAUUAUCUUCAUACCACUCACAUCAAAGACGUCAUCUUAUGCUAGUCACUGGAUUUUUCAGAUUUUCCUGUCCAUGCAAGCAAGGACACAAAAUUAAAAAAAUUACA